UCACUUUUGGCGGAAUCAUGUGGCGAGCUCUGUUUGCGAUCUUGGUAAUCUACAGUUGUCAUGUGGAGGGAGGAUCCUUUCGCCGCAGCGGAGGGCGGCAGGAACCACAACUUAAUUUGGAUGAAUACCCCAGCUAUGAAGAUAUAAUGAAGUAUUUAAAGGAUUUGGCGCGGCUUAACAGGAAUCGGAUCCAUCUGAGAGAUGGGGGACGAUCGUACGAGAACCGGAAGCUGCAAAUGGCAGUAAUUUCGAAUGGAGAUGGUAGGCCGAAUAAAAGAGCCAUAUUCAUCGACGCUGCCCUUCAUGCGCGGGAGUGGCUCUGCCCCAUCACAGCCCUUUAUGUUAUCCAACAAUUGGUAGUUAACUACCAGGAAAAUUCGUACCUGUUGGACGAUUACGACUGGGUGGUGCUGCCCCUCGCCAACCCUGAUGGAUACGAGUAUUCCCGAAAUGUUGAUGACUAUUGGCGCAAUACCAGAUCCCCCAACAAUGAGCACUGUUAUGGUACGGAUCUUAACCGAAACUUCAACUACUCCUGGAUCAUGGAAUCUUCGGAUCUUAAGGAUCCCUGCAGCGAAAAUUUCGCCGGCAGUGGACCUUUUUCCGAGCCAGAGACGAGGACAGUGCGCGACAUUAUGCUCGAGCUGGUGGAGUCCAAUCGUGGAUUAAUGUACCUCUCUCUGCACUCAGCCAAUCGAUCGAUUUAUUAUCCGUGGCGUGAUUAUGGCGAACGCACCAACAACAAAGCAGAGCAUGAGGAGAUUGCCAAACAUGCCGCCGAUCGGAUUUAUUGGAGCACCGGAACGAGGAUGAGUACGAUGCCGGGUUACUUUUACCACGGAAUGGUUGGAGGUAUCAGCCUGGACUACGCCUUCAAAGUAGGCUUCCCCGUGGCCUUCAUCUUCGAGAUGUCCGGAAAGGACCAGAACGGAGUGGAGCACAAGUUCUUUCCGCCGAGCUCUGCAAUUCGCGGACUGGUUCAGGAGUCUUGGUUGGGAAUUCGAUCUCUGGCCGAAAAGGCUAUUGAAAAGUAUCCGCCAUCAAGGCCGUUGUGGCCACGAGCAAAACCAAAAUCAAAAUUUUGGAAUUGGAAUUGGUGAGGGUUUUGUUCAUCAAUCUGUAAAUAAUAAUAAUUUUGCUCUUUUGCUCAAAUUUAAACAAAAAAUAAAUAUUUACUUCAGGAAU